AUGGCAUCCAUACCUCCAUCGGACAACGACGUUCGCAGGGCGUCCAACACACCCCCGGAGGUGGUUACAUCCUCGCCGACGUCACUAAACCUCCUCAACACCUUGAUGAUGAAUUUGUCGAUUUUCAUGUCGACGAAAGACGUACGGAGUUUGUACGCGAUGGACCAUGCAUUGCGGAAGCUGGGGCAGGUUAGACCAGAGGGUACCUCUAUCUUGCAAGACAACGAUAUGGUGUCGGAGGCCAUCGAUCAUGUUGAGCUCCUUUUUGCCUCUGGACAGGCGCUGGAUGAUGCAGAGUUGGGAGAUGUGACCAAAGCAUGCCAGAUGCUCUGGCCUUCCGACGCCAAAACUCUCACGCAGGAGCGUAUUACAUGGAUGUAUAGGAGCAUGCAGCAGGGUACUUUGGCAGGCAAGCCAGCCUUGUUGGCGAAUCGUUUCCAGGAUUUCAUCGUCUAUUGCUGCGGGUGGUUAGAAGGACUGAGCCAGCCUCCUCAGCCGGACUCAGAAACAUCGAGCUGCAUCAUCCGAGCCGCAUACCGCUUUGCCCGGCGGGGUCCUGCAAAAGACCGUCCGGAAAUUCCGGUUAUCAACACGGCCAACCCCAUUAUGCCAUUCGCCCAAUAUAUUGCUUCUACGAUCGGAGACUUGGAAGACUUCCGUGACGAGAUCCAGGGCCAGCUGGACAUUGACAAACAAGAAUACGGCGGAUCGUUCGUGGCCCUCAGAGCAGCAGAGUGCGGGGAUUACAUGGAAAAAUGUUACGAAAUGUUGGCGUCGACCACAGAUCACGAUGAGGCCAAGGCGGCCGCAGAGGAUUUGGGAUAUCUGUUCAAGAUUCAAUCACAACUCCAGCAGCACGAGAUCUUGAGAAGAUUGGAGGAUACGAUUCGCCGCCACAAACAUUUUUGGGAAAUGCUCAAGGCCAACGAGCUCGAGUUUGACUCGGACGAGCAUGAUACGGAAGUUGCGGAAGAAGGAUGUGUUGAGGGUGAAGGGCAGCAGCAAAGUGGAGGUGAUGAAGCAGUGGAAGAUGCAGUCGGCAGCACUUCCUAA